UAUAAAUUUCCAACAGCUCUAGAAUUAAAAAACAAAAUAUUUUCAAAUAAAUAAAAUUUUUCCAUACAAAUCAUCAUUCUCAUCAUCCUUAAUAUCUACCUAACAUGAGCAAUUUAGCACGUGAUAUGUUUCUCUUGGAUUGUCCAACCUAUGAAGAUUAUUUGGAUACAUUUAUAACACGUAACGACAUACGUUAUAUACGUAAUAUACGUUUUUCCCGCAUGCUGGUCGAAUUAGGCUAUAGAUCUGCAACAGAAAUCUAUACACCACAACAGUUUGAACAACGCAAAGCUGCUGUAUUAGAAUCGUUGUGGCCCACAAAGAAAUCUACCAUUUGUUUUAGUGAUAAAUUAAAGUCAGAUGAUCCGGUCUUGUGGGAAUUGUCGAUGAGGGAAAAGCCCAAUAUACAAAAGAAUAUAUCGACAAUUUUCUUUAUAAAACAUCGUCUCAAAACUGGUUUUGAAGUUUCUGCCUAUAUCGAUUAUGAGAAUAGUUUACGUCGAGCCAAUCUACACAUCGAGGGUCAUACAAAUUGGUCAGCAAUUUUUAACAAACAAACUCCCAUUAUACCCAAACCAACAGAUCUAAGCUAUUUCGAUUGGCACAAGGGCAUUGUUAACUAUAAUGAUUCGGAAAAUUAUGCUGUAGUUCAUGAUGUAGAAUAUGGUCUAAUGUUUAUGCAUAAGGGUGAUCAUAAGAAAAUUUGUGUAGAUAUAACGAGAGAAUUGUAUAGUAAAAAUUGUACCAGAACUAUGGCAUUCUCAGAGAGAUAUGGACAUGUUAUAUUUUAUGAUCAUGUUAUAAGAAAGAAAAUAUAAUUGAAAAAAAAAAUUUUGUUUAGAAUAUUGGGAAAAUGAGAAACUAUGGGAAAUAAACAUGAGUCUAAUUUUGAUCUGGCAGAUUUUUUUUUGUUGACAAAACAAAUGAAGAAUAUUUUUUGUUGGCUUAAAUCCAAAUAAUAAAGAGUUUUCUUAUUUUUAUUGAAAAAAAAGAAAU